AUGGUUGUUCGUGAGCUACCCGAUGAUUUGACUUUCUCGCAAUUUAUUGCAGAUGCAGCUACUAAACUUGUUGUCAUUGACUUUUACGCCGAGUGGUGUGGUCCAUGUCGUAUGAUUUCACCACAUGUAGAAAGACUGUCUGAAAAGUAUUUGCAAGUCGUUUUUAUUAAAGUUAAUGUGGAAAUAUGCAGACAAACGAGCAUUCAGUUGGGAAUUAAUGCAAUGCCUACUUUUGUUUUCUUAUAUAAUGGCUCUGAAGUGGACCGAAUGAUGGGCUCAAACGUGGAAAUGUUGGAAACAAAAAUUAUUCAGCAGCUUAAGGAAAGCAUUAUCGCAACAUCAGAUGAAAGGAUUUUCUUGGAAAAAUUCGUUGAAUAUUCACAACGGAUGCAAAUUUAUGAAGAUGAAAUAUCACAAACAUUAGCUAGAAGCCUUAUACCUUGUGACAGACUAAUGGAGGCAAGCAGAGUAAAUGGGAAAACAAACAAAUUUGAACUUCUGAAAUUGUUAUUAAAUUGGUUCAAAGAGGAUUUUUUUGUGUGGACUGAUGUCCCGAAAUGUGAAUUAUGUGGGCAGAGUGCAGAAAAAUCUGGAGUGAUGGAAGGAGGUCUAACGGAAGAAGAACAAAAAUGGGGUGCCUACCGGGUCGAAGUUUAUAAGUGCCGGAAAUGUGACACAAAUGUACGUUUCCCGCGCUAUAAUAAUCCAGUCAAGUUAUUGGAAACAAGAUGUGGUAGGUGUGGUGAAUGGGCGAAUUGUUUCACACUGUGCUCGCGAUCACUGGGUCUUGAAACACGGUGGGUUUACGAUGUUACAGAUCAUGUUUGGUGUGAAAUAUGGAUAGAGGAUUUGGACAGAUGGGUACAUUGUGAUCCAUGUGAAAAUGUAAUUGACACCCCUUUAUUAUAUGAAAAGGGAUGGGGAAAAAACUUAAAUUAUAUAUUCGCCUUUGGUUUGGAUCACGUACGAGAUGUUACAUGGAGAUAUACUUUCAAUCAUUUUGAAACGCUUAGAAGAAGGAAUUCUUGUCGAGAAAUAGUUCUGAGAGACUUCAUACGGGAACUGAACGUCCGCUAUGCAAGUUUGAUGUCGGAAGAGUGGAAGAAGGAAAUGGAAAGAAGGUAUAUGAAAGAACUGGUUGAAUUCAUCAGUCCUACUAUGCAGGUACGUGAUGGAAAUAAGGUAGAAGAGCAGGGAAGAAAAACAGGAUCGGAAGAAUGGAGGAAACAACGGGGAGAAAUAGGAGAUGGAAAAUCAAGUGGAAGGGUGCUUAUGCCGACUGAACAAGAAAUUUCUGAUAAAGUGUUCUGUUUGGAGUAUGACUGUGCCAAAGAUCAGUACGGAAGAGGUGUUGACUUAAUAAAAAGUUGGGAAAGCUUGAUUAGUAAACAAGAAAAUGUGCGUCGAGUAGUGGACCAAAUGAACAAUGUGGCAUAUUUGUGUUGCGAAGAGGGCAAAACAAGCGGUGAACUGUGCUGGUCGUUUGAUUUUGGUGUUCAGCACAUCAAAAACAUUGAGUUUCGUCUGGACGGCGUCAAAAAAGAAAGUGACGAUCUAAUAAGAGCAGUCAUUUGUUGCGGUGACAUAUGUACAGUGAUACCUCCAACCGGUGAAUUAGAGUUGAAAAUGAUUGAAGGCUCAAAAGUAGAUGUGAAGAUUUAUUUAUUGAGUGAGGAUGCACAGUUGUUCCUAAUUAACCUUUAUUCCGGGGACUGCGUCAAUUUUCAUAUUAAAGCUUACUUUUCCUAA